CGGUAUACAGAAAUAUGUUUCAGCUGUUUCAUGCGCAUUAAAGUCCUUCAGGAUUCUGCACACAGUGGGUUUCCUCCUGUGCUCCAGGGAGCAGAUCCUGCGAGUGAAAGCUGAAGAGGAUAAGAUCCCUCUGCUGGUGGUGGGCAAUAAGUCAGAUCUGGAGGAGCGACGGCAGGUUUCAGCAGACGAGGCCCGAAGCAAGGCAGACGAGUGGGGAGUUCAGUACGUGGAGACCUCAGCCAAAACCAGAGCCAACGUCGAUAAGGUCUUCUUUGACCUAAUGAGGGAAGUCCGAACAAAGAAAAUGUCUGAAAACAAGGAGAAGAAUUUAAAGAAGGGCGGCAAGAAGAAGAAGAGUCUGAAAGAGAGAUGCACACUGCUGUGAUUGACCCGUCCAGCUCUCCUGUCCUGAACUGAGCCGCUCGGAGGAAAAUAAUGAUGAUGAUGAUGAUGAGCAGAUCUUCUUCAUCCAGCUUUUCUGAUGCCAAACACAAUCAUAAGUCGAACUCCAGCUCUCCAGCAAAGGGCUUUUGCACAUUUCUGCAGACCAGCGUGUUAUUAAAAUCAGUAGCGUAACUCUAAUCUGUGGGACUUUCACAAUCUCAUUAUUCUAAUGCAAACUCCAAAAACACACAAUAUUAAUGAUGCUGCAUUAUUGGGCCUCACGAAACAAGAACUGAGUCAGUUGUUGCGUUCAAUUAAAGGGACAGUUCACCCAAAAAUGAACACGUAUUAGUGGUUUCAACAUUUUUAGGAGUUUUUUUUUCUGCUAAAGAAUAAAGAAGAUAUUU